AUGUGGACAAAAAUUUGGAACGUGUACAUCUCGAACCACGCGGAGCCAUUCGAUCCAGCCAAUGAGGAGUUGACCACAAAACACUUGGUGGGGUUUCUCUACACAGUCAACAAGAAUGGCAGGCUCAGAGGAUUCGGAAAACACGUCUUACCAGAAUCGUUCCUUACUAGUGUACUAGGAUACAUCAAAUCCCAUCUUGUUUUCACUUACCAUACCUUCAGGUUCACGGAAUUCAUGAAAACCACCAUCUUGAGAUGGUUGAAACAAAUGGUUCGAGAUGGUAAAUUGAUCCGUGGCGUCCGGAGACCUCGCCAAUUUGUCACCUUCCUCACACUCAAGAAAAUUAUGGUGAAAUGGUUUCAAGCAGCAUUCUCCAGAGAUUGUGCUAAUUUCGACACCAUCCUGGCCAAAGCACUCCCUAUCAGUUUCAUGUGCGCCGUCGACUCACGAAUUGGGGAUAUCAUGGCAAUAGAUAGACUCCACGUCGAGAAAGGUUCCUUCAUGAAACUCGAAGACAUUCAAAUUUCCAUUGAUGGCAGCGAACUCGACGUCACCAAAGUGAAAGCUAUCGCAACUCUAAAAUACGAGAAGGGCGAAAAAGGAGAUCGCACCCUACCGUGGGAGGAUCCGAAGUUGCCCUUAUUUGCAGCGAUACAUAAACAACAUUAUGUGCGUGUGUCCAUUGAGGAUGCGGGUGUCACGUCACAGGUCCGCGACACGUUUUCUCGGAUGGGAGAUAUCGCCGGCAUUACCCCACAGCUUAUUAUCCACGAUAUUCGUAGGGGCGGUGCAAAGGAUCUUAGCGAAGGAACAAUGCGAGGCUUGGGUCAGAAUAAGAUUGAAACGACCAAACGCCACACGGGCCACGAAGACGCUGAUGAUAAGGACAUGGACACGACCGAGGACUAG